AGGUAAAGAGGAUAUAGUCCCUGUGGAGAAAAUGUCAACCCUAUUCCAAAUCGCAAUCCGAACAAGAAAACUCAUAUCAGAGUAAGACCACGGGGACACAAAGUAUGUGGAAAAGACCUCAUGCAUCAUUCCUCCCAUAACAGGUCCACCAGAAGUCACAUUGGACACAAGCCAUAUGAGUAUCAGGAAAAUGGAGAGAAUAAAUGCAAUGUAUGUGGGAAAGCCUUUAGUUACCUGCAGUGUUUUGAAAAACAUAAAAUAAGUUACAGUGGAGAAAAAAACCUAUAAAUGUAACAAAUGUAGGAAAGUCUAUGGCUCAGAACUUUGCAAAGACACAUGGUAACACAUAGUAGGGGUGCCUCUUAUAAGUGUAAAGGCUGUGGGAAAACUUAUAGUUCUUCAGCUUCACUUCAGAUACAUGAAAGAACCCACACUGGGGAGAAAUCUUAUGAAUGUAAACAUUGUGGAAAAGCCUAUAGAUAUUAUCAACCUUUCCGAACACAAAAGAGGACUCACACAGGAGAAAAAUCCUAUGAAUGUAGAAAAUGCAGUAAAGCAUUCAGUUGUCUCAGUUCACUCUGAAUACAUGAAAAGACUCAUACCAGAAAGAAACCUUAUAACUGUGAACAAUGUGGUAGAACCUUCAGAUAUUACCCCUCCUUCAAAACACUAAAGAGUUUCCAAAUACAUAAAAGAAAUCACAAUGGAGAAAAGCCCUACCAAUGCAAAACAUGUGGUAAUGCCUUCAGUUGUCCCAGUUCUUUUCGGAAACAUCAAAGAAUUCGUACUGGGGAAAAACCUUAUGAAAGUAAGGAAUGUGGAAAAGCCUUUAGAGCUCUUGCAAGCCUUCAUGUGCACUUGAUCACUCAUACUGGAGUUGGACCUUAUAAGUGUAAGCCGUGUGGGAAAGCGUUAAUGAGAGGGUAACAGGCAGGAAGGCCAGGGGUCUCCA